CACACACACACACACACAUGCACACACACAAACAAACACUCCCAGUCAUCACCUGAGUAUCCAGCCUCAGCAACACACUUUCUCUCUCUCUCUCUCUCUCUCUGUUGCUCGCUCUCUCUAACUCUUUGACCCGCUCACCAUCUAGUCGUGAGUUUGGAGGGGGGAAAGGGGAGACUUUUUUGGGGUCCUGACAGCUCCCUGGGAGAGGGGGGACGGAGGGAAAUGAAGAGUGCAUAAAACUCCACUGCUCAAAACUCACCAGCCACCGGAGCAUCGGCAGCUAGCAGAAAGCAAGAACAGUAGCAGUGGCAGCAGCAACAGCAGCAGCAGCGGCACCAGCAGCAGCAGCAUCAGCAGAGGGAAUUCAAAGACUUUUGAAAUUGUUGUGCUUUUGAGUCAGGACGCCACACCGGACGCCCAUCCAUCCAUCCAUCCGUCUGUCCGUCCAUCCAUCCGUCCGUCCACAGGACCGCCCCACUUCUGUACGGAACGUGAACGGACAGAGGAGUCCGUAGAAGAGCGCCACCAUGUGUGACUGCUUUCACCUGGCGUUCCCCAACUGGCAUGGCGGGCCAGGAGGCGCGGGAGCUGGGAGGAGGCUGAGAGGACCAGAACGGGAAACUGAAGAUGAUUCAGUAUGUGAGGAGCCACCAGAGUUUGUAGAGGGGGAGAGACCACGGCCACAGGGAUCGUCCCCAGUGGAGGAGUUUCCGGCUGCAGAGAAGUACAUCGAAAAACAGGGUGAGGACGACUUCUAUGACCCUGUCCACAAGACAGGCAGCAUCAAAAAAGGAAAGAAGGUUGGAUUUGGAUCCCUGUUCUGUCCCUCUGGUAGAAUGAGUGAGAUGGACGAGCUUGAGAAUGGAGACCCAAGCGUGCUUGUCCAAACCGCAAAGGAAGCCUGUGCUGAGGGCUUGGUGGUCACAGGAGGAGGGAAGGAUGGAAUCUUUAUCAAGGAACUAAAGCCGGACUCGCCAGCUUCAAAGAACCUCCGUGUCAAAGAGGGUGAUCAGAUCCUGAGUGCUACAGUUUACUUUGAUAAUGUGUCCUACGAAGAUGCUCUUCAGAUUCUAGAGCAUGCUCAGGCUUAUAAAAUGGACCUUUGCCUAAAGCGCAAACCACCAGAGCCCACAAUCCAAGACGAGGCAGAAACAGAUCGACCUGAGGGUGAAGGAGGCUCUCCAAAACUGAGGGGUCGCAAGCCGAAGAGACAAGACGCCAGAAUCUCAUGGCCAAAAUUCCCCUCGUUCAGCAAGGGGCGCAAAGGGUUUAAACGGUCCCACAGUACAUCAGAGGCUGAGGAGUCAAGGAAACUGGAGAUGAGCCCAACAACAAGUGACACAGAGUCACCAAUGAAAUCUCCACUGAAAUCCCCUGAUGGGAAAGAGAAGAAGAAGAAGAGGCUCAAGCUUAAAGUCAAGAUGAAGGGACUUAGAAGCAAGUCAGUGGAACAUCCCAGCAGAGAUGAUGAGCAGUCACUGGAGAUACUGGAAGGUGUGGAGAACCAGAUGGACCAAAGCGGAACCGACACACAAUCUCCUGAAAAAAUGCAACUGAUUGGGGAACCUCAAGUGGUGGAGCAGGAGGAUGUCGAAAGACAGGCUGCUAAAGCAGAAAACGAAUACACAUUCCCAAGCUUAACAGGUCCUGAAAUGGAAAAAGGUUUACAUAAAGUCGAGUUGAUCACACUGGACAACACACUGAAGACAACGGAUAUCACGGCUGCUCUUGCGGAGGACAGUCAAAAAGACAAGAGCAGCCCAGAAAGCGUUAAGACGAAGGAGCGGUCUGAGCUUCGCAUGCAUAUUCAAGGGAAGGAUCUGCUUGAUACUGUGAUAGAAGGUCAGACAAAAUCAUAUUCAUUAAGCCAAAUGGAACAAUCAACUAUCAUCAGGACAUCUGAUGCUUCGACCUAUGACAACAUUGUGAUAAGCCAAAGUGAUUUCAGCGAUCGUCAGAUGGACAUCAAUACCCAGUCAGCAAUUCAGGGGAAAAGAAUCACUGGACAUGGAGAGAUGGACAUGAGUAUGCCCAAAGUAGAUGUUUCACUCGACAUGUCUGAUAUAGGUUUAAUGAGGAAAUCUCCAGGACAAGGGACUGAAAAGCAAUGGAAAGAACCCGAGAGCUAUGGAAUUCGAACGAGAGGUCCUAUGGCGGACAUAGCAACAUCAAAGACAACAUUUGAUUCCCUAAAUGGAAUCCAGUUCUCUGGUGGAGGUAGUGCUACCAGUGAAAUGGACACAGACAGUGAGUUGAAAUUUGCUCAUCCAAAAGCUGUAAUUUCUCAACCUACAUCAGGGUCACUAGACACAAGUGUCACUGACAACAGCAAAGAUGGCAGAACAGAUAUAAAAGUUUCAUAUGUUUCUGGGUCACCAAUGGAAACAAGCAUUGGAAAAGUGCUGGCAGAUCUCAGUACCACUGAUGGCAAAGUUAACGCAGAAUUCAAACUGCCAAAAGUGGCCAUGUCUGACUCUGGUCCUUAUGAAUCAGUAAAAAUGACAAAAGUGGACAGCACUAGACCUCAGCUUCCGAGUCGGGAGGAACUGGAAAUUCCAGGUAUGGAGGCUGCAGCAGCACUAGCAGCACUACAGAUUCAGCAAAUGAAAUUACCCCAGAUUCAUGAAAGAGAUGACACCACACUGACUGAUGAGAUCCAGACAAAAUCUAGAUCGGAAAUUGAAUUCAACCUGGAAGAUGUGAAAGCACUUGUUGCCAAAAUGCCAACUUUCAAACUGCCAAGAAUCGACAUGUCAGGAAUUCACACACACAGGGAAAUAACACCCGAUUCAGAUAAAGCUGGAGCAACAUCUGAAACGUCCCCUCCUGAGCUCUCAGAAGCAAAGACGGAUGUGAGCCUUAAAUUACCUGACGAUACAGUGGAAGUAAUGGCAACACCAACAAUCAACAUUAAACUCAAAGAUCCAUCAACCUCAAUCAAACUUCCAAAUGUUGAACUGGCUCAUUUACAUGACCACGAACCAAUCACAGUAGCACAUACUGAAUGCUCAAAGACAAAGACUAAAUUGACUAAAGUGGGCAAAUCAACUGACAUGAAAUACAAGCUCCCAAAACGUGAGGAUAUUGAAAUUCCAGGAAUGGAGGCAAUAGUGAAAACAAAUGUUCAAAUACCAGAUGUCAAGUCAGGUAUAGAGAUCAAGAAACCUGCCACUUCGCCUUCCCAUUUAGCUGAGGGAAAAACAGAGACACCAGCCACUGAGACCAAGAAGGAGAAAAAAGACAAAAAAUCCAAGAAAUCAAAGAAGUCCAUUUCCAGCUUAGGUGUAACAAAGCCUGACAUUCGCUUCCCAGAUACUGGAAUUGAAUUGCCAAAAAAGACCACUUCCAAAGUCACAGUAGAAACCAAAGCUGUCUCUCAGGUUGAUGAUGUCCAAAUGAAAGGCCCAAAGGCCACAGUGGACAUCCAAAAGCCUGAAAUAGCCAAAGACAUUUCCAUCAAAGGAGAAGUGGACACUUCAAACAUUAGAGAUGUGGUAGAUGUUUCUGCCUCUGGUGUAACUGGAACAGUAACCACGGACAUGCCUAAAGUAGACAUCAGCUUGUCUCAGACAGAGGUGAAGGUAGAUGUCCCAGGUACAGACAUACAGAGUAAAGUAACAAUGCCAGAGGUGAACAUCGAUGUCAAAAGCCCAGUUGGGGAAGUUGAAGCACCUGAGAUUGACAGCAAGUUGAAGAAAAGGAAAAUAUCGUUUCCCAAAUUUAGCUUCUCCAAAUCUGAUGCCAAAACAGUUGAUGCCAAUGUAACCUCGCCCAAACACACAGAUAUAGAUGCCACUCCUCCCGAAAGUGAAACAAAGGACAAAAAUACCCCUGAGUCUCCAAGUAAAUUCAAACUACCUACUCUCAAAUUCCCUAAAUUUGGUAUGUCUUCUCAGCAUGGGUCAAUAGAUGAAGAAGAAACAGCAGCCAUUAAAAUGCCUGAAGCUGAUAUUGUGGAUGUAAAGCUGCCUGCACAUGAUGUCUCAUUGAGAGGGGACCAGACCAUUCCAAGUGUAGAAGUUUCUGUUCCAGACAGUGAUACAGUAGGUAAGAUAGAUGUAAACAAGCCACUAUCAAUAACAACAGAAGGGCCUGAAGUGAUUUUGAGCAUCUCACAGCCAGAUGUGGGCAUACCAUCUGUUGAUAUAUCAAUAAAACCAUCAAUAGACCUGGAGACAAAAGAAGUUGAGCAACCAUCAGCUGAACUGAAGGCCGAGCCAGUAGAAAUGGAAAUAAAAUCACAAGAGGGAAAAGGUUUCAAGAUGCCUAAAUUUGGAAUUGGAAUGCCCAAGGUAAAAGGACCUGAGAUAGAUAUAACUAUAACAAAGACACAAGUCCAAGUUCCGGAGGGGAAAGCAGAAGUUGAGGCUGAAGUAGCAGAUGCAUCCUCUGCAAAAGCAGUUAUUGAUGUGCCAGAUGUAGACAUUGACCUUCCCUCAGUCGACGUGAAAGAUGGGCCUGCAGACAUUGACAUGUCAGUUGAGGUUGAGGGCAAGGAUGGUGACGUCAAAAUGAAGAAAAGGUUUUCCUUUCCGAAAUUUGGUUUCUCUCGUUCUGAAUCGAAGGGAUCAGAUAUGGAUGCUGAGAUUUCAAAGGGAGAAACCACAGCCACAAUUGCAGAUGUAAAGGAGACAGACACUAAAACACAUGAAAGUGAAUCAGCAUCAAAGGAUAAAGGUAGCUCCCCAACCAAAUUCAAACUCCCAACACUUAAAUUCCCUAAAUUUGGCAUGUCUCCCACAAAAGUUCAAGCAGAAGGGAUAGACGUGGAUGUCGUCAAAACAAUACCUGAGGAAGAAAUUCUAGAAGUUACAGUUCAGGGACAUGAUGUAUCUGUAUCUGGAGAUAUAGCCACAAAGGAACUGAAACUCACUGCAAGUGCAAAUGUAGAUGUACCCGCUACUGAUGCAGAAGUACCAGAGACCAAAAUGGAGACACACGAACUGGACACAAAAACUGCUGAGGGGAGCAAGUUCAAAAUGCCAAAAUUUGGGAUUUCCUUACCCAAAGUCAAAGGACCCGAAAUAAGCAUGAGUGUAACAAAACCAGAAGUUGAGGUUUCUGUUCCAGAGGGAAAAUUGGAGGUAAAAUCUGGUGAUGCUGAAAUUGUAGUGCCAUCUGCGGAUGCAGAAGUUGGAGAUGCUGCAGGUUUAGAAGACAAAGGCAUUGACAUAAAAUUCAAGAUGCCACAGAUGUCGCUUCCAAAAAUUGGAAUCGCAAAACCAGAAGUCAAGGCCACUGAAAUAGAUGCAGCACCAAAAGUGGACAUUUCUCUGUCCGAUGGAGAAGUCAAAAUCAAAGAUGAUUUACAAGCACAGGUUAAAAUGGACAUCACUUCAGUUGAACAGAAGGUGGAUUUAAAAGAACCAGACAUAGAUAUUAAAGGUCCUGAAGUUGAAUUGAAAGACAGUACUGCCUUGUCAAGUUCACCAAGCAAGUUCAAACUUCCUUCUUUCAAAUUUCCAAAAUUUGGAGUUUCAACUCCCAAAGUCAAAGUUGAUACAGCAGAACUUACUGCUGAUGCUAAAUCUCCAGAGGUCAAGUUAACUGGAUUGGAAACAACUAUGCCUACAUUAGACUUGUCUGUGUCAGCACGCUUGCCAGAAACAGAUAUUUCUAUGCCAAAAGUAAAAAUUGAUGGUCAGAAGCCUCAUGUAGAUCUUGAUGUAAAAGUACCAGAUAUGCCUGAUAUGAAAACUUCCUCACUCCAAAUCGAUCCACCAGAGGCUAAUAUCUCUAUAUCUGCUGAGGGACCUUCUGUUAGCACUGAUAUUGUGAUCCCUUCGGCAGAUGUUCUAAAAGAACGAGAGAUCACAGUGAAUCCAGGAAAAAUAGAGUUAAAACUUCCCAAAGUUGAAGGGUCAGCACUUGAGGGCGAUGCUGAGAUAACUGAGACAAAUGUCCAGGGUCCUGAUGGAGGCCAGUUCAAAAUGCCAAAGUUUGGAAUUUCCUUACCCAAAGUUACAGUACCUGAUUUAAGCAUGAGUGUGUCAAAACCGGAUGCACCAGAAUCAGAGGCCAAAAUUGAGAUUAAAGUCCCAGAUGCUGAGAUCGAGGCACCCUCUAUUGAGACAGAACUGAUCCAAGCAGACACUAAGGAUUUAGAUGCUAAAAUGAAAAAGCGAAAGAUAUCAUUUCCAAAAUUUGGGUUCUCCAAACCAGAGGUCAAAGCACCAGAAGUUGAUGUCACUUUACCAAAGGUUGAUAUAUCACUUUCGGGGGGAGAGAUAAAAGAGCCAAGGGUUGAUGCUAACAUUGCAGAAGAACCUGAAAUAAAAGCUGAUCUGGAAAUUACCUCACCAUCAAAAUUCAAACUACCGACUUUCAAACUUCCAAAGAUUGGAGUUUCAGCAUCAAAAGGAGUUCCAGAGCUGCCAGAAGUAGACGCUCAGUUAGAAACAGCUGAGCUGAAGAUUUCAGGGAGUCUUCCAGUUAUUGAAGGUGAAGGACCAGGUCUGGAGGUAGUUGUUCCAUCUUUAGAUGUUUCUCUGCCUGAAGGAAGGGUCGAUGUAGAAGCCCCAAAGGUUGAUGUGGAAGCCCCUCUAACUCGAGGGAAAGUAGAUAUGCCUGUAGUAGAUGUAAAAAUGAAGAGACCAAGUUUUUCAUUUCCAAAGUUUGGCCUAUCAAGAGCAGAGGCAAAGGCUCUAGAAGUUGACAUUCCAGAGGGACAGGUUGAGGUCACCCAGACAGAUCUUGAUGCUAAGAUUUCAGAGGCUGAGGUUCAACUGAAAGAUGCCAAUAUCACUUCACCAACAAAAUUCAAACUUCCUACAAUCAAAUUGCCAAAGAUUGGAGUGUCAAGAGAUACAGUUGAGAUCCCAACUGCUGUUGAUGUCAAAGCACCUGAGGUCAGUCUUGGUGAUGCCAGCUUUACAAUUUCAGGAGAUACGCCAGUAGUUGAAGUUGAAGGCCAAGGAAUGGAUGUCAAGAUUCCAGAUGCCGAGGUGGACGCCGAGAGCCUAGACAUGAAGCUCAAACUCCCAAAGUUUGGAAUCUCUUUACCUAAAGUGAAGGGUCCUGAGGUAGAUGUAAGUGUGCCCAAAACAGAUGUGGACGUUUCACUCCCAGAGGUGAAGGCAGAUGUGGAAAUUCCAUCAGUUGAAGUAAAGGGAGAAUUACCUGAUGCCAGCCUAAAGGAUAUCAACAUAAAAGUGAAGAAACCUGGCUUUUCAUUCCCCAAAUUUGGAUUUUCAAAACCAGAGGUUAAGGGAGCUGAACUUGAUGUCAGUCUUCCGAAAACAGACAUUUCUGUAAAAGGGAAAACAGACUUGACGUUGCCUGAAGUUGAGGCAAGAAUUGCAGAAGGAAGCAUCGAAGCAAAAGACUCAAAAGGUAUUGACAUGAAAGUGAAGAGACCAAGUUUUUCGUUCCCAAGAUUUGGAUUUUCAAAACCAGACGUGAAAGCGUCAGAUAUUGAUACCAAAAUCCCAGAGGUCAACAUAUCUCUUCCAGAGGCAACAGUAGAGGUGAAAGCACCAGAAAUUGAUGUUAAGGUUCAGGGAGAUAUUGAACAAAAAGACGCAAAUAUUCACACCUCACCAUCAAAAUUCAAACUUCCAACUAUAACAUUUCCCAAAAUUGGGGUUUCAGCACCAAAGGUGUCAGUAGAAGCACCCAGUGUAGAUGUUGAUGUUAAGGCCCCUGAAGUAAAUUUACCAGAUUUAGAAGUUAAGGCUUCAGCAGAUGUUCCUGAAGUAGAUCUGAAAGGUCAAACCGUCCAGACACAGCUUCCCUCCAUAGAUGUCAGUACAGAUAUUGAAGCACCUGAGGUUGAUGGACAGGGAAGUAAAUUCAAGCUCCCAAGUUUUGGAAUCUCUUUACCAAAAGUGAAAGGUCCAGAAUUUGACAUCAGUGUAACAAAACCUGAAUCGGAUGUGUCAUUGCCUGAAGGAAAAGUGGAUGUUGAUGUUACCCUGCCUGAGGGGAAGAUGGAGGUACCUGCAGCUGACGCGAAGGGUGCUGAGGUAAAAAUAAAGAAACCAAGUUUUUCAUUCCCCAAGUUUGGGCUAUCAAAGCCAGAUGUUAAAAUUCCUGAUGUUGAAGUGAACGUUCCUGAUGUUGAAGUGAAUAUGCCAGAUGUUGAUUUGUCUCUACCAGAGGCCAAGGUGGAGAUUAAAGGUCCAGAGAUUGAUUUCAACAUUCCAGAAGGAGAUGUUGAACACAAAGACAUGACUAUUCAAACCUCGCCAACAAAAUUCAAAUUACCAUCAUUUAAAUUCCCCAAGAUUGGAAUGACAGCACCAAAGGGGUCAGUAGAAGCACCGAGUAUAGAUGUUGAUGCAAAGGGACCAGAUGUGAAUCUGACAGAUGCUGAGCUUGUCUCAGGGACACUUCCAGAUAUUGACAUCCAGGGCCAAAAUGUAGAUGUACAACCUCCCUCAGCAGAUGUCAGUGUAGAUGUAGAAGGAAGCAAGUUUAAACUUCCCAAAUUCGGAAUUUCUCUGUCAAAAGUAAAAGGCCCUGAAUUUGAAGUAUCUGCUGAAAAAACAGACGUGGAUGUCUCCCUGUCUAAAGAACUUGAUGUUGAUGUGUCACUACCUGAAUUGACAGCUGAGGCCCCUCAAGUUGACUCUAAGGGUAUUGAUGUGAAAAUCAAGAAGCCAAGUUUUUCAUUUCCAAAGUUUGGGUCAUCUAAGCCGGAGGUGAAAGUUCCUGAUAUGGAAGUUAACAUUCCAGAAGUUGACAUAUCUAUACCUGAGGUGAAAAUGGAAGUGAAAGAGCCAGAGGCUGAAAUCAAAACUCCAGAUAAAAAUAUCCACACGUCACCAUCAAAGUUCAAACUCCCCACAUUUAAAAUGCCCAAAAUUGGUGUUUCAACAUCAAAAGGGUCAAUUGAAGCACCAAGUGUAGAUAUUAGUGUAAAGGCAGCAGAGGUUAAUCUACCAGAAACUGAACUUAAAGUCUCAGGUGAAGUGCCUGAGGUUGAUUUCAAAGGUGUGGAUGUACAGCCUCCAUCUAUAGAUACAGAUGUGCAUGUAGAGGGACCUGAAGUGGAAAGCAGCAAGAUGAAGUUACCAAAGUUUGGAAUUGCCCUGCCAAAGGUGAAAGGCCCUGAGGUUGAAGCAAGUAUCUCAAAACCAGAUGUGGAUAUUUCUUUGCCUGAAGGAACAGUACAAGUGGAAGCGUCUUUGCCUGAGGGCACCGAAGUUCAAUUAGAAGGCACUGAAAUAAAAAUGAAGAGAGGGUUUUCAUUCCCAAAGUUUGGAUUUUCAAAACCAGACAUUAAAGCCCCUGAGGUAGAUGUCAGUCUUCCAAAAGUUGAAGUUUCUCUACCAGAAGGAAAAGUAGAGGUCAAGGAGGCACCAGAGGGAGAUGUGCAAUUAAAAGAUGCAGGUGCUGUCACCUCACCAACGAAAUUCAAACUUCCUACAUUCAAAUUCCCCAAGAUUGGCGUUUCCGCUCCAAAGACGGAGGUGGAUGUUGAUGUAAAAGCGCCUGAUGUCAGUGUAACAGACGCUGAAUUGAAAGUCUCUGUGGACAUUCCAACUGUUGAUGUCAAGGGCCAAGCAGUGGAUGUGGAAGUGAAGGCAGAAACCCCUGAAGUGGACACUAAAGGUAUUGAUGUAAAAACGAAGCGCCCAAGCUUUUCAUUCCCAAAAUUUGGCAUGUCAAAACAAGCAGUGAAAGCUACAGAUGUUGAUGUCACUCUUCCAGAGGCAGAUGUUUCUCUUCCCAAAGCUGAUAUUGAAGUCCAGGACACAGCAAUAAAUGUUGAAGUUGCUGAGAGUGAAGUUGAAUUGAAGGAUACCAACAUUUCUGGCUCACCAUCAAAAUUUAAACUCCCCACCAUUAAAUUCCCAAAAUUUGGCAUCACAGCUCCAAAAGUGACAAUUGAAACAGAAAGUCUGGAUGCUAGUAUAACAAAACCUGAUAUAAAUAUGCCAGAUACUGAAGGUGGUGUUGCAGGAGAUGUAUCAUCUGUUAUUACAGUACCUACUGUAGAUAUCAAAGCACCAACUGUUGAUGUCAACAUUAAGACAGAGGAUGUUGACAUAAAGGGAGAAGGAAGUCAGUUCAAACUUCCACAAUUUGGAAUAGAAUUACCAAAGGUGAAAGGCCCUGAGGUGACUGUAACAAAGACUGACAUGACUUUACCAGAGGCAGAAGUGGACAUUAAGGUGGAUGGUUCUGAUGCUGAAAAAGCCUCAGCAACAGUGAAGGUGGAUCUACCUGGUGUCGAUGCGAAGGGCAUUGCCGUUGAUAUAAAGAAACCAAGCUUUUCACUCCCCAAAUUUGGCUUUUCAAAACCAGAUGCAAAGACCCCUGAAAUAGAUACCACACUACCACAAGCAGAUAUGUCUUUGCCAGAGGACAGCCAUGGAGCAUCUAAGCUGGAUAUUGACGUUGAAGCUGAGGUGAAGGAUGCAACUGCCAGUGGGUCACCAUCCAAAUUUAAACUUCCCACCAUCAAAUUACCCACAUUUGGAGUAACAGUUCCAAAGAUUGAACCACAGGAGUCUGAUGUGCAGGUGAGGGUGCCCGAUGUACCAGAGGUUGAAAUGAAAGUAUCUGUGGAGCCUGUCUCAAUUGAUAUUCCCAUACAUGCACAAGAAUGUGAUGUAGAUGUAGAGACUGGAGGGGUGGGAACAAAGGGGCAUGGUAUUAAAUUCAAGUUACCUACAUUUGAUGUAGCACUCCCCAAGGUAAAAGGUCCAGAAAUUACAAUGCCUGAAGGAGAAGGUUCUUUACCAGAAUCCAAAUUGGAAUUAGAGGGAGCUAUGGAAGGUCCAUCAGUUGAAGCACAAGUAGACAUGCCUGAGAUUGAUGUGACAGCAAAGACACCUGGCUUUUCUUUCCCCAAAUUCGGCUUUGGUAAACCAGAAGUGAAGUCUCCUGGGCGGGAAGGAAAGACACCCCAAGCAGAUGUCUCAAAGCCAGAAGUUACAAGUGAAGUCCAAGAUGUGUCAUUAGGUAUUAGGAGUCCACAAAAAGAAAGUGCUACUUCAUCCCCAACAAAAUUCAAACUCCCAACAUUUAAGUUACCAACAUUUGGAGGUUCACCAGUAAAGAGCCCUGUAGAAGUGACUGUUGAUUCUUCUCUACCACAGGGAGCAGCUGAAGUCAAGAUGGCUGAUGCCGACAUCAAGGCAUCUGCAUCUGGGGAGACUACAGAUCUGGAUAAGAGUGAAAUCACAGUUGAAGUUAAGCCAAGGAUGUCAUUUCCCAAAUUUAGUUUUUCUAAACCAACAGUUAAAGCGCCUGAGGUUGAUUUGACACUACCUAGUGCAGCUGUUACUUUACCAGAGGAAAGUUUAGAAGCAGAAAUAGAUGUGAAGGCCCCAGAAACAGAAUAUAAAGAUGACGCAGCUACUGUCACUUCCCCAAGUAAAUUUAAACUUCCAACCAUUAAAUUACCCAAAUUCGGCACUAGCCCAAUAACUCCAACUGAGGUAGAGGUUUCACUUCCUAAGGUAGAUAGCUCAUCAACAGUUAAAAGCUCUGAAACUCAAGAUAUCCCAGCAGUUGAGGGAACAGUUGCAUCAGGUACAUCAACACCAACAGGAGAGGGAAAGGCUAUCGGAUCACCCAGCAAAUUUAAAAUGCCCACUUUCAAAAUGCCAAAGUUUAGUUAUUCGAGGACAAAGCCUGAAGAAGGCGCUAAGUCCCCCUCCGAUGCCAAGCCUGAGGACUCCCCAAUGGAGACAGGAGACAAAGACAGCUCACAGGUAACAGACACGUCACCCAAGUUCACUUUGCCCACAGUUAAGGAUGUUCUGCAGAGUUUUGAUGUUGAAUUCCAUGUCCCCACAUUAGAUGGAACAGAUGAAACAAAAGGAGAUACCCCUCAACCAGGUGAAGGAGAACUGAGGCCUGCGGUUAGUGGGUUGAAGCAGGACAUGGAAGCAUCUGUAGAUGCUCAAGAGAAAUCAAAGUUUGCUUUGACUUUCUCUACACAAGGAUUGACUCUGACGUCAAAGGAGAGUGGUAAAGUGACAAAGACUGAUGUAACUAUAACAGAGUGCACAAAAGAGGAACAGGUAUUAGAGCCUCAGACAGAGCAGAAAUUGCAGGAUACUAAGGAGCCACAGCCACAGUCAAGCCCUGAAAAAGGCAGCUGGUUUAAAUUCCCCAAAUUCCCAUCUCCAACCAAAUCUGUUAAACUCAUAGAGGGGGGUGUAGGAAAAACUAGUGAGGAGCAUGAGCAAAAUAUUGACAGUGACAACGUGGAGACUGACGUCAGUACAUCAUGGUCAGUGAGAUCAUCUGAUGCCUUUGCUGACGACAGCUCUGCGCCAACAACUGAGCAGAUCAUAACUUCACCAACAAGAGUCACAGUAAAAUAUGCUGAGCCAGUCUCGGCUGGAACAGGCAAUUUUACGUCUAAAAUUAUCACCUCCACUGCCAGGACCGAACUUAUAUCCAUGGAGCCCGAUCUGCCAGAAAAGGUGAAUAUCUCCUUUUCCUCUGACAGUUCAUCCGUGGAUACACUAAGGCAACAGUCAGGGGCAUACCACAUAAUCACAUCAAAUGUACAGACCCUUCCCAACACGCAGCAAGCUAUGCUCCUUUCAGGAUUGGAAACCCAAGCCCUCCAGUCCCUUCCCCUUGAGCAAUUAAUUGUCAAAACCACAACCUCCCCAUGGUCAGUACAGGAAACUAGCACGAUGCAAGAGGGCAGCAUAGUGGUAGAGAAGCGCAUCAUCAAGGAGGUGUCAGGCGAGAGCUCGGAGACCAUGGUGAUUACGCAGAAAACAUGCAUGCUCGACGCUGACUCUGGAGAGCCCAUCAGCAGUUUAGCAGCCUCGUCCUCUCAGGCGUUGCGAGACAUAGUGCGCACAGAGAAAAUGAAUUUUUUUGAAGGCAAAGACAUGCCACAGGAGAGCACUGUCGUGACUAGUGUUGUGACCACGGAGAAACGUGUGAUCAAACGCACCACUGAAGAAGAACAGGGUGAGAAAUGAUCUGAGGAAGAGGCCCGCAGUUGUGCACCAACUAGUUCAUAGUGCAUCAGUUCAUACUUCACGCACAUGUCUGUAGUUACACAAACAUGGGCAGGUCUAUGAUACAGUACAUAGUGUACAGGUGUGCAGCUUUAAUUUAUUAACAGAUACAGUAAAGUUUGUUGUCUUUGUUGAGAGCAAAUUGUUACACGUGUGUGCAUCCACUGCCAAAAGCUUGUAGACUGAAAAGAUACACUACCGUCUUUGUGAUGUGUAUUAUCAGUGGGUGUGGUUCUCUAUCUUAACAUAAUUUACAAUAAUUAUUCAGAAACCAUUCAAUGAUAUAUCAAUGAUAUGCACACACUAUUAAAAUAUUGAUGUCAGUUGUAGCAGCAGUGUAAUAUAUAAUGAAAUCUGUAUGGCUAAAAUGAAUAUUAUGAAACACUGUCAGCUUAAAAACAAGAAGGUAUAUUGAAGCAAAUAUUAUUAUUGAAAAAAAUAAUUAAGAUAUAGCUGAACAAAAUAUUUUAAAGCCAGAGUAUAAAGAAACACACUGAAUUUUCAACAAAAUGUAAAAUAAAAUGGUGAUAUAUGUUAUGUUGUAAAUAAAUUUUGUUUUAUUAA